AUGAACUUUAAAGCUUCUGUGCUUGAUGAAGAUCGGUUUUUAAAGCAAAAAGCGAAGAUUGAUUGGCUUGAGGUUGGUGAUUCAAAUACUAAAUAUUUCCACAACUCCAUGAAAGCAAAACAUCAUCAAAGUAGAAUUGACAAGAUUACUGAUGUUCAUGGGAUCGAUCAUGAGGGGGGUGAAGUCCCAAAGGCCUUAGUUGCUCAUUAUGAAUCGUUUCUUGGAAAACCAGGGCCAACGACAGAGUUUAAUAGUGUAGGGGUAUUUGUUAAUACUCUCGAUAGUACCAAAGCUAAUAUGAUGAUCCAAGCCGUUACUGAUGAUGAAAUUAAAUCAGCUCUUUUUUCUAUCGAUGACAACAAAGCUCCAGGUCCGGACGGGUACUCUUCUUUGUUUUUUAAGAAAACAUGGGAUAUAACGGGGAAAGCUCUAUGUCUUGCUGUUCACGACUUUUUCAAAACUGGUCGAAUUCUAAAGGAAAUAAAUCACACCUUUCUAGCUUUAAUCCCGAAGGUUGAUAUACAAAAGGCAUAUGACACUAUUGAUCGGAAGUUCUUACGAGCGAUCCUGAUAGGAUUUGGGUUCCAUACCAUUAUGGUCGAUUGGAUCAUGACAUGUGUAACGAGUGCUUCAUUCUCUCUUAGCAUUAAUGGUAAUAUUUAUGGUUUCUUCAAAGGCGAGAGGGGGCUUAGACAAGGAGACCCGAUGUCUCCUUAUCUUUUUACACUAGUCAUGGAGGUUCUUUCAUUGAUUCUGAAGAAGGCUGUUCAAGAAAUAGGAUCGUUUAAGUUUCAUAACCAAUGUAAAAAAGAUCAAAUCAUUAACAUUUGUUUUGCAAAUGAUUUCUUCCUAUUUGCUCGUGGUGAUUUGGCUUCGGUCAAAGUGCUCAUGGACGGUCUUGGUGUGUUUACCAAGGCAUCUGGUUUGAAUCCGAGUAUCUCAAAUAUCACGGCGUUCUUUUGUAAUAUCCCUGAUCAUGUAAAACAGGCCGUGUUUGGUAUUAUGCCGUUUGCUGAGGGACAACUUCCAAUUCGUUACCUUGGAGUCCCACUUAUCUCGUUUAGGCUGCUACAUAAGGAUUGUAAAGUCCUUGUUGAAAGAAUGGAGGCCAAGAUUAGCGAUUGGAAGAACAAGUCAUUGUCGUUUGUCGGAAGGUUACAACUCAAUAACUCUGUUCUUUCAUCUUUACAUAUUUAUUGGGCAUCGGUGUUUAUUCUUCCUGCUAGUAUUAUUAAUGACUUGGAAAAGAAGAUGCGAAGCUUCCUUUGGUGUCAAGGGCCGAUGUCUAAAGGUAAAGCAAAAGUGUCGUGGAAAGAUUGUUGUUUGCCUAAAAAUGAAGGUGGUCUUGGUAUACGAAGAAUUCGGGAUGUUAAUAAAGCCCUUAUGACGUCUCAUAUUUGGAGUGUUAUUAACAAACGAAAGUCCUUGUGGGUGAAAUGGAUAUACUCGAACAAACUUAAUGACAGAAAUUUUUGGGAUGUACCACUUCGGGCAGGGAGUGAAUGGGGUUGGAGGAAAAUGCUACUCAUGCGUGAUGCUAUCCGUCCUCAUAUCAAAUUCUACGUGGGAAAUGGACACUCGACAUUUGCUUGGUACGAUUCUUGGUUACCAAUAGGUCCACUAUGCAAAUAUAUAUCGCCAAGAGAAGUUACUUCAGCUGGAUUCAGGCUAGAAGCAAAAGUGAGCAAUCUGAUCAAUAAUGGUAGUUGGCUAUGGCCAUCAGCUUGGUACGAUCUAUUUCCAGUCUUAAUUGGAAUGAAUGUUCCUAUUCUAAAUUGUGAUGAGGAAGAUACUAUUUUUUGGAUUGACAAGGAUGGAAAUGAGGUUUCGUAUUCAACUAGUAGUACAUGGGACUCCUUGCGUUGGAGCCAACAACGGGUUGAUUGGUUUGAUAUGGUCUGGUUCCCUCACUGUAUCCCCCGGCACUCGUUCCAUGUAUGGUUAAUUUUGAAGAAGAAACUCAAGACUCAAGAUAAACUAAGGCAAUGGGAUGUUAGUGGCUCCUCUAACUUAAACUUGCUGUGUUGUUCCUUGUGCAAACGUGGUCCUGAUUCUCAUGAACACUUAUUCUUCGAAUGUGACUAUUCUUCACAGAUUUGGAACUUGGUACGCCCUCUUGCUAUGUUCCAGCAUGUUUCGUGCAGUUGGGAGAAUAUUUUGCAAGCUAUUCUUGCUGAUAAUCCGAAAUUAGCAAGAAUGGUUAUUGGGAAAUUACUUGUAGCUGCUAUGACAUACUUUAUAUGGCAAGAGCAAAACAACAGGUUAUUGACCCCAAAUGAAAGAACUGUUAAUCAGAUGCAGGACUUAAUCGUGUCAACUGUUAGAUUGAAACUGGUGACCUUGAAGAUCAAAAGGAAGACGCAAGGACGGAGAAUUUUGGAAGCAUGGAAUAUACCGAAGAUAAUUGAUAAGGGCGAAGAUUGUGAAGAAGAUGUCGGGGGGGGGGGGCAGAAUUCUAGAUUAUUGGAUGAUACAGGUGUUAUUGUUGCACCGCCUCCGAUUGUGGAGGCUGUUGAGGAUGUACAGAUGGAGGAUGCUCCACAAGAGCAACCUAGGCCACGUGCUCGCACCAUUCCUAUCCCGAGUUCAUUUGAUCUCACACUGUUGGGACAGACGGUGCAGACUAUUUAUGAUGAUCAGCAGGCCAGCAGGAGAGCUAUCAGUGACGGAUGGACCAGGAUAUGA